AUGAUAAAAUCAUCAUCAACGAGUUUCAAAGUCUCCAUUGCCAAAAGCCUGUUGUCUGUCCUCUUGGUCUUGUGUGUUUCUUCGCUCCUAGUUUUGGCUCAAGAUGAUACAACAACAACAACCGAACCAACCACUUCUAGUACUACUACUCAACAACAACAACAACACAAUGUAAGACUUCUUUUGCAUAAGAGCGUUUCUCCAUCUGAAGCCAUCAUCAAUACCAAUAUGACCUUCACGAUCACUCUCUACAAUUUGGGUGAAGAACCAGCCUAUGAUGUUGAAGUGAAAGACAAUGAAUGGCCAGAGAGUUCCUUUGAUUUAAUCGAAGGAGAAUCAAAGGCUACAUUUGCCAAGAUUGGUACCAACGAGAAAGUUUCCUUCACCUACACCAUUGUUCCAAAGAGUGUUGGUGAGAUCUCCACUCAACAUGCCACUGCUUCUUAUCGUUUGACUCCCGAAAAGGAUGAAAAAUCCGGCUUGAAGCUUUUCGCAAAGAGCAAUAUUUUACCUCCAAUUCCAGUUCUUACUCAAGCCGAUUAUGAUAGAAAGCACGAUUCUCAUUUGGGAACAUGGGCUACUUUCUUCUUGUUGGCUCUCAUUCCAACUGCUUUGCCAUAUGCUGUCUAUAUGAAUGCCAAUAACCAAAUUCUUGAAUUGGCAGAUCAAAGCAAGAAGAAUCAAUAA